CUCUCUGGGUUCUGGUUUGCGCAUUUGACGCAGUUUUCAGUUUCGUGUCGGUUGUGUUUCUCCGUCUUUCACCUGUUUGACGUCCGUUUCUCUGUCUCCUUUCAGAGGCUACUCGGCGCCGGGCCCUCCCUCCCAUCCCUCCAGCUGCCGUGGGGUUUUUAAAACGUUUGGGUCAAUCGCCGUCGUCCGUUUCGGAGGAUCUUUUAGUUGACUGGAAGAAUGAGCACCUACACUGUGUCGCUGCCCGGCCCCGGCCCCUGGGGCUUCAGGCUGCAGGGGGGGAAGGACUUCAACAUGCCACUGACCAUCUCCAGGAUCACUCCGGGCAGCAAGGCAGCGCAGGGUAACCUGACUCAGGGUGAUGUUAUCGUCGCCAUCGAUGGUGUCGGCACCGACGGGAUGACUCACCUGGAGGCCCAGAACAAGAUCAAGAUGGCCAACUACAACCUGGCUCUCACCAUGACCAAGUUCAAGCGUCCCGUGUCGAUGGGGGCGCCGAGAAUGGACGCCGCUAUUCCCAUGAUCCCUCACCAACAGCCUCAGUCGGUGCAGGUCAACGGCUGCCUGUCGGCCGGCAGCGCCUCCUCCGGGCCUGCAGCGGCGGUCAGCCCCGCUCAGAGGAAGCAGUAUAACUCCCCCAUCGGCCUGUACUCAGAGGAGACUCUGAGGGAGAUGGCGGCGAUCCAGGCGGGUCGGCCUGCGGGUACUCUCCCAGUUAAAGAUCGUCUUGUAGACAGUGCCUCCCCGGUCUAUCAGGCCGUCCAGAGUGCAGAGAAGGACCCGGACCUGGGCGAAUGGGGCCGCCGCAGCACCCACUUGCAGUCCAAGUCCUUCCGGGUCCUGGCCCACAUGACCGGAACCGAGUCCUUACCAGAGGAGGAGGAGCAGGAGGCGCUGAGGAGGAGCAGCCCUACUGAGCGUGCUCCAGCUUGCGCCGACGCCGCCUCUGCCGCUCCUCCUGUUAAGGCUGCGGUGCAGCCUCUGGACCCCUCCCCCUCUUCUCCCGACCCCGCCCCUCACAGCCAGAAGCGACAGUCUGCCGCUGGUUACAGCCUCCAGCACAAAGCUGCAGCCUUCAGCCCGUACGUUCAGCCUCCUGCCAUGCAUCAGGCUGCACAGGCCCCGCCCCCGCAGCACUACCAGCCAAUCCCGCAGCACUACCAUCAGCCCCCCACGCAACACGCCCCACCCACUCAGCAGAGCUCCAUUCAGAUCCCUCUUGGCUCCGCCCCUCCCAAGGUGGUCAGCACCGCCUGCAUCUACCCCUCCCACCCUGGUCCGGCUCCAGGUCCGGCGCCGGCGCCGGCUCCAGCUCCGGCUCCAGGCCCUCCUCACCCACGCCCUCAAGCCGCCGUCUCGGCCCCCCCUCCGGCAGCUGCUGCCUCUUCCAACAGACCCCCCUGGGUGACCGACACCAACUUCGCAGAUAAGUUCGACCCCAGUAAGACCACCACCACCACCUCCAUGAAGAUUCAGCCACUGCCCCAGGCUGCCCCUCCUCCACCAGCGUACAUCCCCAACCACUCCCAUGCCGCACCUGUAGCUCCCAGCCCCGCCCCCAUCACCCCCAGCCACGCCCCCUUCCCGCCAGUGGCUAGGGGCGUGGCCCAAAGGGCGGAGAGGUUCGCCGCCAGCAGCCGUACGCCUCUGUGUGGAGCCUGCAACAGCGUCAUCAGGGGCCCCUUCCUGGUGGCCCUCGGCCGGUCCUGGCACCCCGAGGAGUUCAACUGUCACUACUGCCACAUGUCUCUGGCUGACGUCAGCUUCGUGGAGGAGCAGAACAACGUUUACUGUGAGAACUGCUACGAGGAGUUCUUCGCCCCGACCUGUGCCCGCUGCAACACCAAGAUCAUGGGGGAAGUGAUGCACGCUCUGCGGCAGACGUGGCACACCACCUGCUUCGUGUGUGCCGCCUGCGGCCAAGCCUUCGGGAACAGCCUCUUCCACAUGGAGGACGGAGAGCCGUACUGUGAGAAAGACUAUAUCGCCCUCUUCAGCACUAAGUGUCAUGGCUGCGACUUCCCUGUGGAAGCUGGUGAUAAGUUCAUCGAGGCUCUGGGUCACACCUGGCAUGACACCUGCUUCGUCUGUGCGGUUUGCCACGUGAACCUGGAGGGCCAGCCCUUCUACUCAAAGAAGGACAAACCUCUGUGCAAGAAGCACGCCCACGCCAUCAACGUGUAGACCCGCCAGCUGCCCGUGGAUCUGCUGCCUCGCCGCUCACCGGGGGCGACACCGGCGGCCGCAACGACGAACACAAGCCGACAACUGUUACAGAUGUGUGUAAACGCUCUUUAUUCAAAAUACACUUUGGUUUGAGACUUUUUUUUGGUGCAUUAAUAUUAAUGUUUAAAACAACGCUGCCUGAUGAUUCUGCUUCAAAAACAGGAACUUGUUCUCUCCUGUCCAUCCAGCUCCCUUUAUGACGUACUGUAGUUUCAUUUUUAUAACGUUUUCUACCAGAAACUCCUCGUGUGACCGCUUUGCUGCUCAGUUCAGACGUGGAGGAUUUCAGUGGAGUCUGGAGUGUGCCAAAUGAAAUGAUUGUGGACUUUUUCGGUGUUUCAUUGUAGUCAAAUAAUACACUUAUAAAUAGAAUAAAAGAAUAAAUAAAUGUAGUAAUACAUGUAACUAAAUGAGUAAUGCAAUAAAAAUGUAAAUAAAAAUGUAAAUAAUAAUAAUAAUAAUAAUUUGCGGCUUGAUAGUACCUCAUUUGUACAUUGUUUUAGACUCGAAACAACUGAAUAAAUGUACAUGAAAAUGUCCAUUUUAACACUUUUCAUUACUUAUUCUGUCUUUAAUAAAGCAAUAAGUAAUUUUAAAAUGUUUCGUUUAAAAGGUUUUGUAAAAUUCUUUUUGCAAUUAUUUUUUUGAAAUUCAAUUACUAUUUUAUUAGUUUGAGACAAAAUAAGGAAACAGAAUCAUGAUUCUAUUUUUUUUUUAAAUUCAUACAUUUACAAAUAGAUUAUUAAUUGAGAAUUAAACACAGAGAAAUUCUAUAAUUAUUCCAGCGGCACAUUCGAGGCUCCACAUGUUUAAACUACACAGCUGUUGUCUUGGUACUGUACCAAUAUUCACUCUCUUUUUUAUCACUUCAAAACAAAUGAAAAUCAUUCAUGUUUGGUUCAGCGCUACAAAGUAAAACCACAGACUGAACAGAGACUAGAACUGGAACAAUGAAGCAUUAAAGUCGUUUAUUUCCUGUUUUUUGCUUUUAAAGAGAACACGGCUGCCUCUGCUGUCAGUCCCGACUUAAGUCUCGAAACCGGGCUCGGACCCGGUCUGUACUCAGACUCGGGCAGAUGUGUUGGUGGUCUGGAGCGAAGUGGUCCGGCUGCCGCUGUGUGACAGUGAACUGAACGGCAGAGCAGCGCAUGGAGAAGCCUUAUCUGACUGAGACUGACGCGUUGCUAGAGGCGAGAGUGGCAGUGAAUGUAACGCGGAUGUUUUAGGAAACACUCUUCGCCGGCCUCUGUCCAGCUGGUUUACCUGUGUGAAAAACAAGUCCAGGCGCACAGUGACGCCGCGGUCAUCUGUUCAUUCACAAUGGUUUAUUUAUUUUUUCACAGUUAAUAUGGUAGUUCCCUCUAUUUGGCUCUCUCCGGGUCCCUCCGGGUCCCUCCGUCCCCUCGGAGGUCCCAGUCAAAGUUGACUUGUCAGGGUUUAGCAUGGCUGAACUCUUACUGAGCGCUCCGGGGGUUUAAGGCUCUGACAGUCUUGGACGUGGACAGAGAGCGUUCUGUCUAUACUGCACCAGCGCGUCUGCGGCUGGCAAAAGUACACUUUCCUAAAUUUUAGUUCUUAAAGCACUAGUCUGACAUUUAGGGAAACACGCUUGCUCGCGUUCUUGUGGAGAGUCAGAUGAGAAGGCCGGAAAACAGUCCUGCACACAACCUGCAAAUUGUCCCUUUUACACCCACGUUUUUGUACAGAUGAAAUAGACCAGAUAUGCCGUGUUAGCCAGUGGGCGUUAGAGCCGCUGGCAGGUGGACGUCGUUCCCUUCGGGCAGAGCCAGGCUAGCUGUUUCCCCCCGUUCCCAGUCUCUAUGCUAAGCUAAGCUAAUCUAACCGGCUGCUGGCUGCAGCUUCAUAUUUACUGCGCAGACAUGAGAGUGGGAUCAGCCUGAACAUCACAACAACUCUCAGCAAGAAAAGCACAUAAGCACGUCUCCCGAAAUGUCUCCCUAUGGCUUUAUUACCGCAUACGGAGACAAAAUUAGAGACAAAAUGUAACGUCACACAGGCCGUCGCCGGGUCGAAGAUGAGAAAGUCGACUUUGAGCUUUACUUGGCCUCCAUGUGCGAACCCACUAGUCGUCGCCAUUCCCUCUGAACAGCCGCGUCUGUCCUCUACACAGGCGGACGUAUUCACGCCAGCGGUCCGGACUCCUUUCCCGCUCCCACGCAGUGUUUCAGUGUAUUUGCAGUGGUUUUUCCAGGUGAACCUGCUCAGGCGAGGCUGCGGCAGAGUGCUGACGGUGUCUGAAGAUGUGAUGCGGGGGCGUAGCUACUAAUCCCUCUUUGACUUCACGUGCAGUAGGCUUUACAAUGCAACAAAUAACCUUGAAUUUCAUAUUUAUUGACUAUUCUGACUGUGUGAUAUUUAUUUCAAAGCUAAUAUAUCGUCACUGCUGCGUUCAGUGCUCCUCAGAUUAUUGGUUGUUUAAUCCGUGUUUGGUUGGUGAAUGUUUGGCAUCACAACAGUUGAUUUUGAUGAUGGAUUUUUUUUCUUUUUAUUUUUUCUAAUUACACUGUAAAUGUUCUGAACUGUAGAAUGUUUAUUACUUCAAUACCACUUAAUGUCUCUGUUCACACUGCAGGCCUUCAGACUGGGUUUUCUUUUUUUUUUUUUUAAAUGAUUAUUAUUGCGGAAACUGUGAAGCCACCAAUUUCCCAAAAGAUGAUUUGUUUUCUUUUAACUUGUGCACACAAGAUCUUUAAAAACAAUAUAUUUUGGGACUUUGGGGGCUCCAUAAGAUACAACUUUUACCCCAUAAAAAUGUGUUCAUAGGCUGAUGCACUUUUCACAAACCUCUUUGAAGCCAUAAUCCUGAAGAUUUUCAGUAUAUAAAUCACAAGUCUUGGUUUUAUUUUCUGGCGGGCAUUUAUUCUGCUAUAGAAAUUAAAAGUAUUUACACUCACUUGUAAGUGGCUUUGUAUAAAAGCGUCUGCCAAAUGAGUAAAUGUAAAUGUUGGAGGAAAUCCGACAUAGUUUGUGCACUUUGCAUUCGUCACGCAGUGACGUAAUCUGGACGAGUGACACAGUAGAGAGCCUCAGGGAUUUUGAAGAGGUAGCUACAGUGGUUUAUGAAGAAGACAUCAAAUUGCCAUCAUGGCCAAACAGGUGGGGAGAAAAACAACCCUCCGAAAGUCAGGCGCCUCUGUCCCCAGUAGUAGAAAAACCUGUCAUUGUAAACUGAACUCUGGCUGGCUGGUAGCAUGAGGACAUCUCGAGCAUUAACCACCAGUCACCAGGUGAGAAACUGAGGGGUUUCCCAUUCACUUCAAUACAGGCAGCGUCUGGUGGCCACUAGAGGAACUGCAGGCGAACCAGCUGCAGUAUAAAGCCUGAUCCGUGUCAGAUCCUUGUUGCUUUGCUCCAGGUGCGUUGAUUUACGCUCCGUUAAAGGUGCGCAAGAGUAAAUCAUGGACGGAAACAAAACAGAUCGCGCUGUUUUAGCCAGUUCACACCCAUCCUGGUUUUUGAAGGCCUGCAGUGUGAACAAAGCCUCAGAUACACCGAAUAGAUGAUUUAGAGCAGAUUUCACUUUUCAGAGAAACUUAAAAGACUUUGACACAAGUUUCUGUGGGGACACUGAAAGUCUCCCUGCGGUGCACUGUGCCUUACGCCACUCUGCGAUCUGUUUCCGUCUGACUGGCACACACACUCGGCCAGGUCUGAUGAGUCCGUGCGCUGGUGUACAGUUUAUACUUGGAAUAUUUUAUACAGUUUGUGUGUGUGUGUGUGUGUGUGUGUUUUUUUUUUUCAGGGAGUGAAUGUGUGCAUGCACAACGGUUUGGUGCCGUCAUUACUAGUUUGCAUUUGUGUCGCCGCGUCACGAGAGGAGAGACGCGCUAACCCCUCUGUUUAACAUUAUUAAGAGUGUUUGAACUGGUUUCGGUGACAACGAGCUGCAAGUGAAACAUUACUGAUGCCACAUUAUGACUGAAGAAAUGAAGGCAGGAUGGAAAGAAGCCGAAGUCACACUAAGACUCUCCUAGUUGUCGGAGGUCCAGCUGCUUGACUACAUUUGAUUAACAGGUUUUGAUUGUUUGAGGAAUAUUUGUGUUGCAAGUUGAAUAAAAUGCACUUCAAACACUUGAAAA